CGAUCUCCCUUCUUCGUGCGCGUGGAUUUGGGGCGCACGUUGUUCCUAGCUGUUGCACGGAACAGAGCAGAAGGGCGCGUACGUGCCACCUGUCCUGUGAUAUGAAUCCAUGGAGCAUGGUGGUGCCAUGGAUGAUGAUGAUGGGAGUAAUGCCUUCACCUUCGUCGUGCUCCCCCUCACCACGACCAUGUACUUCCUGCCCACAUUUAUAAGCACUCGCCCACGCCUCGUCUUUCCCUCCAGACCACACCUCCCUGCAUACCUACCUAGCUCCAAAUCCCAAUCCAUGGAGUCCGCCGCGCCCUCCCCGCUCCGGUGGGUGCUCUCCGUCGCCGCGGGGGGCCUCUUCGCCCUCUUCCUCCUCCUCGCUUCCUCCUCAAUCCCUUUCCCCUCCACUUCCCUCUUCUUCACCCCCACCACCCCUGCCUCCCCCUCUCCCCCGCCCCCGCCGCGCUUCGCGUACCUCAUCUCGGGCUCAGCGGGCGACGCGGCCAUGCUACGGCGGGUCCUCCUGGCCCUCUACCACCCGCGGAACCACUACAUCCUGCACCUGGACGCGCAGGCGCCGGACUCGGACCGCGCGGGGCUCGCCGCCUUCGUGGCGUCCCACCGUGUCCUCGCCGCGGCGCGCAACGUGCGCGUGGUGGAGAAGGCCAACCUCGUCACCUACCGCGGGCCGACCAUGGUGACCACCACGCUGCACGCGGCGGCGGCGUUCCUGUGGGGGGAAGGGCGUGGGAAGGGCGCCGACUGGGACUGGUUCGUCAACCUCUCCGCCUCCGACUACCCGCUCGUCACCCAGGACGAUCUCAUGGACGUGUUCUCGGGCCUGCCCAGGGGGCUCAGCUUCAUCGACCACACCAGCGACAUCGGCUGGAAAGCGUUCGCGAGGGCGAUGCCGAUGAUCGUCGACCCGGGGCUCUACAUGGACAAGAAGGACGAUCUGUUCUGGGUGCCCCAGAAGCGGAGCUUGCCCACCGCCUUCAAACUCUUCACCGGCUCAGCGUGGAUGGUGCUAUCGAAGCCGUUCGUGGAGUACCUGAUCUGGGGGUGGGACAACCUGCCCCGGACGGUGCUCCUGUACUACGCCAACUUCAUCUCCUCCCCGGAGGGCUACUUCCACACGGUGGCCUGCAACGCCGAGGAGUUCCGCAACACCACCGUCAACAGCGACCUGCACUACAUCGCCUGGGACAACCCGCCGAUGCAGCACCCGCACCUGCUCACCCUCGCCGACUGGGACGGCAUGGUCGGCAGCGAGGCCCCCUUCGCGCGCAAGUUCCGCCGCGACGACCCCGUGCUCGACCGGAUCGACGCCGACCUCCUCUCCCGCGCCCCCGGCUCGCUCGCGCCCGGAGGGUGGUGCAGAUCCGCCGCGGCCGCUGGGGAAGGGGAAGGGGAGGGACGGUCAGGGGGUGCCGGGGAGAGUAAUAACCGGACCGGCGGCGGCGAGGAUCCGUGCACUGCUGUCGGGGACGCGGCGCUCCUGCGGCCGGGGCCUGGAGCGGCGAGGCUGCGGCGGCUCGUGUCGUCGCUGCUGUCGGAGGAGAACUUCCGGCCGAAGCAGUGCAAACUAGUAGAGCCUGUUGCCGCUGCGGAUGAUAAAAAGAAAGAUGUAGGACAGAGCUCGGAUGGCGGGGCAUGAGCUGCUAUGCUAAUUGCUAAUGUUCUUCCUGGAUGGCAAUUCAGCGUCACACCUUGAGGCAGUGUAUAGUCGAUUUUAAUUUGUUACCGGGAGUGAGAUUUCUCGGCAUGUAGGUGAUACCUCACGACGGUAAAUGAUGCUAGCUGCCGGGCACUUGGGAUAUACCAACACAUCUACGGGGGAUGAGGAAUGUGCCCAAUUUAUACCAUAUAAUUUUUCCUUUACCAGUAUUCAUACUCCAUUUAUUUAUACCUCUCGUUGUCGAUCUCUGUAUCAUUUUUUAUUUUUUGAGACAGAGCUGUCCAUCUCUUUA